AUGAAACUCAAGGAAGCUGUCAAAGAGUUCGACAUCCCCGACGCGGCCCACACCACUCGGACACGACUAGGGUACGCUCAACUGAGCCAUCUCACACAGGACUCGUCUCCAUGCAGCGACACAAGUUUGGACACGGACGAGCUCAAAGGAUGGGAAGACUUGGUGUCGUCGAACUCGUCAAAAGGGCCGAUGCCGUCUCCGUACGCGAUACUUUGUGCGAUCAUCAGUAUAUUUGGCUUCUUCUUCCUACUGUUCCUGGGCUCGACCGUCGCCUCCAACUCCAUCUACAUCCGCGUGAAACCCAAAGAAGGCCACGCCAAGUCGUCGCUCGCGGCCAACAUCUUCCUCGCCGCGUUCUUGUACCUGGUGGCAUUCGUGGGGAGCAUCGUGUCCCUUUUGCGGGCCCGGCGCGCGCAGAAAGUGUUUCAACUGUCCUUGGACAUCCACGCCGAUAAGUAG